AUGGUUCUCCUGUCAUUCGGGUUCGUGGCUGGGAUAUUAGUGGUGAGCUUGACUACAGCGGCUGGAUCUGAAGUAACUGAGAGCACAGCAGUUUUGCAGAGGUUUGCGGCUCUGGGGCAGGAGUUCGGGCUGGUCACUCCACUCAGGACAGAUUCCCGGGGUUGCUUUGUGUCUCACCUGGUGUCGGGCUCUGGAGUCAGGAGGAAAAGGCGGAGCGGCCCUGAAUCCCAGUCCGUGACCCCCGGGGAGGAGGAAGAGGCUGAGCCCCGUCCUCUCUUCUUCAAUGUCACCGUCUUUGGCCAGAGCUGGCAGCUCAGAUUGGAGCCCAGUAGCCGGCUGGUGGCUCCGGGAGCCGUACUGGAGUGGCAGGGGGAUGGGCAAAGCCGCACUGAGCCGCUGGGCGAAGACUGCAUCUAUACUGGGGGCAUCAGCCACAUCCCUGGGGCCACGGUAGCCGUCAGCAACUGUGAUGGACUGGCUGGAAUGAUCCGAACAGACCAGGAGGAAUAUUUUAUUGAACCGCUAGAAAAGGGCAAACAAGCAGAGGAAGAAGAGAAUGGCCGAGUUCACGUAGUGUACCGUAGAUCAGCUGUACAUAAUUCAAAUCCUGAAAUCCUUGGUGACUUCUAUCAAACAGGAUCUCAGUUUGGUGUAGCUGGUGACCUGGACAACAUGUAUGACAACAUUGACAAGCAGUUGGAUGAAACCCUGAGGCGACGUAGACAUGCAAAAGAUGGCGACUAUAACAUUGAGGUUCUCUUGGGAGUGGAUGACUCCGUGGUGCGGUUUCAUGGAAAAGAACAUGUCCAGAACUACCUAUUGACCCUAAUGAAUAUAGUUAAUGAGAUUUACCAUGAUAAAUCGCUGGGAGCCCAUGUGAAUGUGGUACUGGUACGAAUGAUCAUGCUGGGAUAUGCAAAGUCCAUCAGCUUGAUCGAAAGAGGGAAUCCAUCUCGAAGUUUGGAGAACGUCUGCCGUUGGGCCAACUCACAGCAAAAGGCAAACCCAAACCAUUCAGAACACCAUGACCAUGCCAUCUUUUUAACAAGGCAAGAUUUCGGUCCAGCGGGUAUGCAAGGGUAUGCUCCAGUGACUGGAAUGUGUCACCCAGUCCGAAGUUGUACCCUAAACCAUGAGGACGGCUUCUCUUCAGCAUUUGUAGUUGCUCAUGAGACCGGACACGUGCUGGGAAUGGAACAUGAUGGUCAAGGAAACCGGUGUGGAGAUGAAACCAGCAUGGGAAGUGUUAUGGCACCUUUGGUUCAGGCUGCAUUUCACCGAUUUCAUUGGUCUCGGUGCAGUGGGCAAGAGCUCAAGCGAUAUCUUCACUCCUAUGACUGUCUCCUGGAUGACCCAUUUGAACACGAUUGGCCCAAACUUCCAGAACUACCAGGGAUAAACUAUUCAAUGGAUGAACAAUGCCGCUUUGAUUUUGGUGUGGGCUACAAGAUGUGCACAGCUUUUCGCACCUUUGAUCCAUGUAAGCAGUUAUGGUGCAGCCAUCCUGACAACCCAUUCUUCUGCAAGACAAAGAAAGGACCUCCCUUAGAUGGAACAGAGUGUGGACCUGGAAAAUGGUGCUACCAGGGUCACUGUUUGUGGAAGACUUCAGAGCAGUUAAGGCUGGAUGGCAACUGGGGCCCAUGGAGCAAACUUGGGUCCUGUUCUCGAACCUGUGGUUCUGGUGUUCGAUUUAGAACCCGGCAGUGCAAUAACCCAGUGCCUGCCAAUGGUGGUCAGGAUUGCCCUGGUGUAAACUAUGAAUACCAACUUUGUAACAAAGAAGAUUGUCCACGUCGUUUUGAGGAUUUCCGAGCACAACAGUGUCAGCAACGCAAUUCAUACUAUGAAUAUCAGAGGACUAAGCACCACUGGCUUCCAUAUGAACAUCCUGACUCAAUAAAAAGAUGCCAUCUGUACUGCCAAUCCAAGGAAAUGGGAGGAGUUGUCUACAUGAAACAGUUAGUCCAUGAUGGUACACGCUGUUCCUAUAAAGAUCCAUACAGCAUCUGCGUAAGAGGUGAAUGUGUGAAAGUAGGAUGCGACAAAGAAAUUGGUUCAAACAAAGUGGAUGACAAGUGUGGAGUAUGUGGUGGGGACAAUUCCCACUGCAGAACAGUGAAAGGAACAUUUACCAGAACACCAAAGAAAUCGGGCUACUUAAAGAUGUUUGACAUCCCAUCUGGUUCUAGACAUGUGUUCAUCCAAGAAGACGAGGUUUCUCCUCACAUUCUUGCUAUCAAGAACCAGGCUACAGGCCACUACAUUCUGAAUGGCAAAGGGGACAAACCCAAGACAAAGGUUUUUAUUGAACUGGGCAUAGAGUGGGCAUACACCUUGGAGGAUGAUAUAGAAACUCUUCAUACAGAUGGUCCUUUGCAUGAUCCUGUUGUGGUCCUGAUUAUUCCUCGGAAUAAUAGCACAAAAUCUACACUCACUUAUAACUACAUUAUUCAUGAGGACUCCUUGCCAACCAUCAGCAACAAUAAUGUACUUCAGGAAGAUAUCCAUGCAUUUGAAUGGGCUUUGAAGAGCUGGUCCCAGUGCUCCAAACCAUGUGGUGGAGGUUUUCAGUACACGAAGUAUGGAUGCCGUCGGAAGACUGACAAUAAAAUGGUUCAUCGUAGCUACUGUGAUGCAGACAAAAAGCCAAAACCUAUCCGUAGGAUGUGUAACCUGCAAGAAUGUACGUUGCCUGUUUGGAUAGCAGAGGAAUGGGAACAUUGCACAAAAUCCUGUGGGAGCUUUGGGUACCAAAUCCGCACUGUUCGCUGUGUGCAGCUGCUGACCGAUGGAAGGAACCGUUCAGUACACAGUAAAUACUGCACUGGAGAACACCUGGAGAACCGCCGAGCUUGUAAUCGAAUGCCCUGCCCAGCACAAUGGAAGACAGGACCCUGGUUAGAGUGUUCUGUUACAUGUGGUGAAGGAAUUGAACAAAGGCAGGUCAGAUGUCGUCCAAGUGGUCAGUGUGAUGGUGAGAAGCCGGAAGCUACAAGAGUCUGCAGACGUCCCCCUUGUGGUGAUGAGCCUUGCCUGCGAGACAAGUCUAUAUUCUGCCAGAUGGAGGUGCUUGCUCGCUACUGCUCAAUCCCAGGUUACAAGAAACUCUGUUGCGAAUCCUGUAGCAAGCGCAGUAGCACCCUGCCUCCCCCCUUCUUCACUGACACUGCUGAUAUAGAGGAUAUAAUGGCUGCAGCUGACCACGAGAUGACACCAACUCAUCAGUCUGACUCUACAUCCAGGGGCAGAGGUCAGCAAGGCAACAGGUUGGCCAAAGCAAGGAACAAUAAGCCAAAUGCAGUAACCCCAGGACGUGGCAAAACAAAAGGUGUGAAUUCCUCCCCAAAAAAGACACCUGCGGCUGGUAGGCCUCACAGAUUGGAGGCCUCACAGAAUCCGCUUCAUUUAAUUCAAGGCAAUCCUACUGCCAUCAGCAACAGCUCCACAGCAACCCAUGAAUCAGACAGAGCGGCAAAGAUAUCAGAAAGAUAUGCUGCGUUACGAUCUCCUGUGGUAGAGACAUGAAGGAAGAUGAUUCUUACAUACAUCAGACACUUCUGGGGAAAAUUACCAUAUAAAAGCAAACAACUGUAGACAUCACGGUGCAUGCAUUAUUUGAAAAGGACUUUCUGCAUUUUCAAUGAACUUAAACUGUUGAUCUCUCCUUGAAAAAGAACACAUUUAAGUAGUAAAGUGCUGGCACUUUGCUCUUUAUCAAUAGAUUGGCCAGCAUCCAAUUUGUUUGGGCUCAAAACACCAAAGAUUUUCACAAUGAGGAGGAAAUACCUAGGUUUGUUGGUGCUGUCUUCAUAAAGGAUCAAGACUACAUUUUGCACAUCAGCUGAUGUUCAAAAAAAAAUCAAAGAAAGAAAUACAAAGAGAUGCUCAAUUUCUUUAAGGGUUUACAGUGUUGCAUUGAUACAAAAUGGUAUUCAGCAAAGUCAGUUGUUGCUUAUGUCAGUGAAAUAGUUAUUAUUUAAGUCAUUUGCAGCUGUUAUGUAAAUACUGUACAUGCAAGUCAGUAUUAUAUUUUAAAAAUACAUUUUGUUCCUUGAGAUUUUGUUUACCUAUGUUAUAUAACCAUUUCUAAAUUUAAGUAUGUACCUGAUGUUGAAAAACUGUCCUAAUACAUUUCACAAAUUGCAGUGAGGAGCAACAAACAUAACGAUGGGUCGGGCAAGAAUUACUGGCUUCUUUAACAAUUUAACUUGGCAGAUCUCCCAAUCCCUUUGGUGCUAAUAAAAAUAAACUGCAAAUCUGAAAUAAGUGCUGAUUUGGAAAUGUUAUCAGGUCAGCAAGCAAUUAACCAGAGAACGCCUUGCUUAAUAUUCUGGUGAAGGCUGAUCAAAAAAAGAUAUUCGGCCAUUUUCCUCCCAUGUACCUGUUGGAUCUAUUAGGCCUUUCCAGAAUUUUCUGUUCUUGCUCUCAAUCUCAUUGCGUAGAUUUAAAUGUCCUUCUAAAAUCAACUGUUUGUAGACAGUUAUUUACCCAGUUAUGGAUUUUAAAUGCAAAAUGGAUCUCCAUCUUCAUUUGAGGCAAGGGUGUUCCAGCACCUACUUUCUAUCACCUUAUAGCCACCUUUGCCCACAGUAGAUAUGUUUGGAAAAGUAAUCUUUUUGGAUCAAGACAGAUUAAAUCAGUAAUUAUCUCCAAGGCAUUACUAUACAGUAUUCACAUGUGUAUAAUCGAAAAUAUCAGCAUCUAGAAAUUUGGCAGGCUAACUAAAAUAUCCUCACCUGAAUGCAUUGCCUAGAGGGGCAGCAAGGGUCCACCCAACUCCACAUCAAAAAACACAGGCCACUAACAUUCCCCACCGAUCUGCAGGGGAUAAAAAAACAAACCUAAGUACUACAAUGAGUUGUCUAAUUUUUUUCCCAAAGUGACAAUGUUUCUGAAACAUGUAAAAACAGAAUUUGGAUAUCCCAGUGAAAAGUGGCGAGUAACAUUAUUACCAACUUAGAAACUUACUGGAGAAUGGAGCUGUUCUUAAAAUGGUGAGCUGGGAUUAAAUCAAAAGUAUUGUAAUGUACAGAAGCAAACGGCGGGUUGAAAAGAUAAAGACAAGUGAGUACUUCAUUACGUACUCAAAAAACAUAGUUAGAAUAUAACAAUUGGAUGCACAUAGUGGUACACUAUGGAAGAAUAUUUACUAUUGUCCUGCCAGUAGUCAAUUAGGGUCCAGUCAACUCAAUGCCUUUAAAGAAUUGCUGUCAAUUUCUUGCAAGGCUUUUGAAGUUUAAUGAAGCUAGUGUUUAGCUUGUAAGAUGACAACCCCUGAGCCCCAGACAGUUGCAUAGAAUUUAUUUAAGAAUCCCUCUUUUACCCCAUAAAUGGAAAUAAUAUGAAUUACUUUGUCUUAUUUGCUUUCUUUUGUACAAUAAUAUAGGUGCCUGUUUUAUUCUGAGCGUACACUACUGAUGCUGUUUGUUAUAUUGGGGAGCACAUAGCAAUAAAAGUAACAUCCAAGAUAAUGUCCUUUAAAGCUA